AUGGACGCGCCCGGCAGCACCCCCAAUCGCCGCGCCUCGCUCAAGAUCCUGAGCCGCAAUAUUGAGCAAGUCGUGCUGGGCAACAUGCUCUUCGACACUUGGUACUAUUCACCGUACCCGGAUGGCAUCGUCUUGGGUCCGAACGCGAAGAAUCACUCGGAGGCGCGCAACGGCGCGGGCGGGAUAGUCAACGGCAUCCCGCUCACUAAGAGCGGCAUAGUGUGCACGCGCCUUUAUGUCUGUCCCAUCUGCUUCUGUUACUCGCCGGAGGAGGUCGACUAUGCGCAGCACCUGAUGCACCACCAAGAGGAGCUGCUGCAAGGAGAGGUGCUGCCGGUGCCCGAAACCGCCUUCAAGGUGUACGAGUGGGACGGCUACAUCGUCUGGGAAGUGGAUGGCGAGGCGGAAAAGCUCUACUGCCAGAAUCUGUCGUUGUUUGCAAAAUUGUUCCUGGAGCAAAAGAGCGUCUUCUUCGACACGGGAGGCUUCAAGUACUACGUACUGACGCAUACCUCAUCGACCUCGUCAGGAGGAGCCCGGGGACGGGCCCGCAAGCGAGCCUCGUCUGGCGCGGAUGAUUCUCUCUUCAAGACCAAAGUCCUGGGAUUCUUCUCCAAAGAGAACCUAUCAUGGGACAGCAACAACCUCGCUUGCAUUCUGAUUUUCCCUCCAUUCCAGCACCGCCAGCUCGGGCAGCUGCUGAUGGCCGUUUCAUACAAAUUGAGUGGGUGGGAAUGGGAAGGCGGCGUGAUUGGUGGGCCCGAGAAGCCCCUCAGCUCCAUGGGCCGCAAGUCCUACCUUCGCUUCUGGUCGGAACGAAUUGCGCGAUACUUGAUGGGUCAGACGGCAGAUGCCGAUCAGCACAAGGUCUUCGACACGAGUCACAGGCGCAAGAAUGGCAUUGCGAAGGAUGAGAUGACGGUCGAGGAGAUUGGUGACCGCACAGGCAUGUUGGCCGAGGAUGUCAUUGCCGCGCUAAAUGAGAUGGGGGUGUGCGACAUGAAGCUGCCCAAGCGCAAGAAAAAGACGUCGAAUGAUGCGAAUAGUGGAACUGCCGCCGCAGAGGCCGAGGAGCCACAAGCUGCGACCAUGAUGAUAUUACGGGCCAAAGUGCUCAAGUGGGCGGAGGAUAAUCGGGUCGACUUGGUCCCUCCCGUCAGGGAAGAGGGGUUUCUGGGGGAGUGGGCUUUGAGCGACGUCGAAGAUCAGGAGCCAGACGAGGAUGCAGAGAUAGAGGAUUCUGAAUGA